AUGGGCGCACGGUUGCGGACGCUCGAAAUUCCCGUCGUCGUCGUCGUCGGCGUCGCGACGCAUCGAUUCGAAUGGAUUGCGCAUAAUAAUUCCGGAGACGUCGUUAUUUACGCGAAACAAUGCAACUCUAUUACACUAUGUGCAUGGGGGGCGAUGGGAACUGGCACUGGGACUGAGGGGGGGCUACGGAGGCGAAUGCCGCUUAGCAGACGAUCUGGCGGUGGCGGAGCGGCAGCUGGCGCCUCUAGUGUGGGCUGCAGGGCAAUGCGCUACUACCGCCUCUGGAUUUACACGUGUAAUACGGCCCUGUUGGCGGGGGCGCUGGCGUUCGGCGGGGCGGCCGUCCGCACGGUGGUGUUCGACUUCCGUCGAUCGCUCAUACCGUCGCUCACGCUCUACCAGCCGUCGUUCCUCUACGCCUACCUGGCGCUGCUGACGCAGGGCGGCGCGCUGCAGCUGCUCGGCUGCCUCGCGGCGCUGCGGCUCUCCGAGAAACUGUUGAACGCCUACUGGCUGUUGCUGUUGGUGCUGCUGUUCGGCGACGUGGUGAUCGGCGCCUUCUGGGCGUUCCGCUUCGAGCGGGUGUGCCAGGAGCUGAGGCCGGCGCUGCGCGUCAAGUUCUACCAGGAGUACGGGACCAACGAGGAUUUCACCGAAGUGUGGAACAGCGAGAACUUUCCUGAAGCGGAAUUGUACAGGGAUUCAUUCGCUGUCCGCAGGUUGCAGACGGAGCACACGUGCUGCGGCGUGACGGGCCCCGACGACUACAACAGCAGCGCCCUGCAGAUGCAGCUGCCCGUUAGCUGCUGCAUCAAAUCGCCCAGAUCGCCCAACAGCACCUGCGAGAUGGAGCCGUUCCACCAUGCGAACGGCUGCGACGAAAGGCUGCAGACCUAUCUCCGAUCGACCGCCUCCCUGCUCGCCAUACUCGGCUACUGCGUGCUGGCCUUCCUCAAAAUGUGCUUCCUAGGCAUCCUGCGUUACGAGAUACGCGAAAUGAUCCAGAAGAUCCGGAUACUCCGGACGGAGCUGGAAUUGCCCAACGUCAACGGCAUCGUGCCGGGCACGAUGAGGACGGAGAGCGCCGAAAGCGAAAGGGAAUCGCUGCUGGUGAGGCCCGAAAGCGCCGCCCUGCUCUCCUCGCCGCCGGCCCAAACCAAAAAUCCCAACGGAAACAACAACUACGAAAUGAGGGAAUACAGGUAUAAGUCGAGAAAACAUAUGACUAAAGUACCGCCUGGAGGGCCUGUUCAGUCGCGGCAGGUGGGGCCGCGUGAAGAGGGGCCCUCUGGCAACGCCGCUAGAGGAAAUAUUCAAACGCAAACCGAGAUCGAGGGUCAAGGAUGA